AUGGAAAUAAUUGGUAUAAGAUAUAAGGAAAAUGAAGAUCCUGUAUUAACAUCUGUACAACAUUUAUUACAACAACUAUCUGUCAACAAACACAGCCAAUUAGCUGUCAAUAAUAUCAAUAAUAUUAGACGUCGUUACUUCUCCACCAGCACACCCGUAAGAUGUUUUACUAUAUUUACUUUACCGUAUAAAAGGAUGGCGGUGCUGAAGACGUUGGAUGAUGUUACUGAUAGAAGGUUUAUUGGUAAUUCAGGUGGUACCCCUACAACCACACAAUCAAGUCGACGCAAUUCAGUUAAAGAUGGUAAUAAAUCGCUAACCAUGGGUACAGACAUUUACAGUCCCUCUAAUGGGAUGAGGAGCAGCAAGAGGAAGCCUGCUCCCAAUCCUCCAACUCGAAGUCUCUCAGAGGGUAAAGCUAAACAUGUUUUAGCCAGUGAUCUCUCCCAAUGUGAUAUGAAAGGAUGGUUGAUGGACGAAGUGCGAGCUGUAAGUAUGGAUGUUACUUUGAGUGGUUCGGCAGAACGAAUUGCCAAUUUAUCAAAAGAUAAAUCUAAAUUGGACAUAGGACAGACUGCUGGAUACAUGCCAUCUCCACGAAUAAGUCGGAGACCAGAAAUAUUAAACCUUGGUUCACCACUACUAAAUAAUGGACAAACUAGUUCUUUAACUGACUUCCGAAGAAGAAUCAGACGCGAGGAGGAACCUGAGCACAGUCCUGGUAUACCGCUCAAGGCAUCACAUUCAGACGAAAAAAACAUUCAGAAAAGUAUCAAAUCAAAAGGACUUUCAUUAAAUUUCAAAUCGUUUGGAAGUCUUGACAGCUUGGUAAAGAAACAGAAACGAUCUCGAAGUGCGGAUGAUUCCAUGAUUCCCGAAAGAAGAUCUCUGGAUGACUCCAGACAUAGGAUUAUUUCUGAGAUGGAUGUUGUAGAUUACCCGAAGUCGCCCAAUGGACACUCGAGAUUUAAAGUGCUUGAAACAAGUGGAUUGUCCGAUGGAAUUGGCCCGGUUGUUCGUCGUCAGGUAUCCGACAUCAAAGACAGGUUCUUUAAUGGGACGUCAUACAGUGGUGUACCUGGUGUAAGACUGGGGGAAUUGACUAGUGAAAAGGCUUCAGGUUACCUGCAAUAUAGGGUUAUGAUGAAAUGGAUUAAUAUUUGGUGUGUUAUUGCGAGGAACUGUUUUUAUGGAUUCAAAACUCAGAAUGACUACGAGAUACCGAUUGUGGCAGUGGUUUUGAAACAAUGUAUGGUAAAUUACGACUCCAACACUUCAAGACAAACAAAAGACUUAAAUGUUUUUAAGCUUUCUCAGUCGCAUUGCAAGGACAUUUAUCUCUCUGCUGAAAGUGCAAAGGAGCUCCGCCGUUGGUUGCAGCAUCUGAAGCAGUUCUGUCCAAUACACGCAGAUGACGAUCUGAGCAUCGCUAAUUCUUCGGAGUGUACUCAAAGUUACGACAGUGCUUUCAGUAACGUUUCUGUUGCAUCUAGCCAUGACUUCAAUGACAAACCAAUCAUCUUUACCUCAACGAACAGUUCACCUCAAAAUGAUGAGGUUUUCAGCACCGAAGCACGUCUUGAUGUAUCAUCUCCAGAGGAUUGGGAGGCUUUCCACGACGACGACACCAUUUCUGAGCUUAACGACCCAUUUAAUCGUCCGCCACCGUCGUUAAGUUUAUCAGCAAGAAAGGAAAAGAACCAUUUUUUACACAUACUCCGAUCCAAGUUAAAAUUGAACGUCAUUAGAAAGAAAAGUUUACCAGAUAAUUUGGAAAGGGAGUUAAUGUCACCAGCUGGACAUGGUAUUUUGGUGCUAGAUGAUUCAGCUUCUAGUCCAUCGAAGAAGCCAUUCCGUGGUGGUAGCCAGUCACCAUUAUUUGGUAAUAACCAGUCAGCUAUUCAUUGGUGGUAA